CCCCAGAGCUGGGCUGUAUGGGGGGCACGUGGGUAGGUAGAGGGCAGUUCCCAGGAAGGUGGGGUGGGGGAUUUUGUGGGACAGGGGUUAUGUACUUCUAGGGAGGUCAGUUCUAGGGAACUGGGAUAUGUGGGGGAGGGUUUUUACAGAGAGCCCCAUCUAGAUAUGAGAGAUGUUGGGACUUGGGGGGGGGGGACUUUUAAAGGGAGCCCCCCACAAGAAUACAUAUAGCGGACGCUGGGAUUAACUUGUUCCCAGUGCUUAUGGAACAGCAGGCCUGUUGCAGGAUUGGGGACCCUCUUUCUCAUGUGAAGGAGGCCUUGGGGCUACUGGGUGCAUUCUUGUCAACAAUGGCAAAGCAGCAAAGCAAGGAUCCUGGAUUAAAGGAGAAGUUUAAGAGCCUCUUAGGUCUGGGACCAUCCCGGCCUAGUUCCAAAUCAUCAGAGGGCAAGCAAACAGAGUUUAUCAUCACUGCGGACAUACUUAAGGAAUUGAGCUUAGAGUGUGGAUUAAAUAACCGGAUACGAGCGAUUGGUCAACUCUGUGAAGUAGCAAAAACCAAAAAAUUUGAAGAGCAUGCAGUGGAAGCGAUAUGGAAAGUGGUAGCUGAUAUGCUGCAACCGGAGCGGCCAGCAGAAGCCAGACAUGCCGUGCUUCACCUGUUGAAGGCCAUCAUUCAAGGACAGGGUGAAAGAUUAGGGAUCCUCAGAGCACAUUUCUUUAAGGUUAUCAAGGAUUAUCCUUCUAAUGAAGAUCUGCAUGAGCGGCUUGAAGUGUUCAGAGCUCUCACGGAUAAUGGAAGAUCCAUAACGCACCUGGAGGAAGAAUUGGCUGAGUUUGUCCUGCAGUGGAUGAAUGUCGGAUUGUCUUCAGACUUCCUUCUAGUUCUAGUGAACUUGGUCAAGUUCAACAGCUGUUACCUGGAAGAUUACGUUGCUGAUAUGGUCCAUAUGAUCUGCCUAUUGUGCAUUCAGACUUCAUCUUCAGUUGACAUAGAGGUCUCCCUGCAGGUCCUAGAUGCUGUGGUUUGCUAUAACUGCCUGCCCUCAGAGAGCCUGCCCGUAUUUAUCAUCACCCUGUGCCGCACUGUCAAUGUGAAGGAGCUUUGUGAGUCAUGCUGGAAGCUCAUGCGCAAUCUCUUGGGAACCCAUUUGGGGCACAGUGCUAUAUACAACAUGUGCCGCAUCAUGGAAGACAGAGACUACAUGAUGGAUGCCGCUUUGCUGAGAGGAGCAGUGUUCUUUGUCGGCAUGGCUUUAUGGGGUGCCCAUCGACUGUAUUCUCUCAAGAACUCUCCUACGUCUGUGCUGCCCUCGUUUCUCAAGGCCAUGACUUGUCCCAAUGCCGUUGUAUCCUAUGAAAUAGUCCUGUCCAUCACCAGAUUAAUCAAGAAGUACGGGAAGGAGCUGCAGGCAGUCACGUGGGAUAUUCUUCUGGAUAUUGUUGAGCGAUUACUCCAGCAGCUACAGAUUCUAGAUAACCAUGAUUUGAAGUCCAUUGUACACGAUCUGUUGACUACGGUAGAAGAACUCUGUGAUCAGAACGAAUUCCAUGGGUCUGAGGAGAGAUACUUCGAGCUGGUGGAGAGAUGUGCUGAUCAGAGACCGGAAUCUUCUCUACUCAACUUAAUCACGUACAGAGCUCAAUCCAUUCACCCUGCCAAGGAUGGCUGGAUACAGAACCUGCAGGUGCUAAUGGAGAGAUACUUCAGGAACGAGCAUCGUAGUGCAGUUCGGAUUAAAGUCCUAGAUGUCUUGUCUUUUGUCCUGAGCAUUAACAGACAGUUUUAUGAGGAGGAGCUGAUUAACUUGGUGGUAAUCUCACAGCUGGGCCACAUUCCAGAGGACAAAGAUCACCAAGUUCGAAAACUGGCCACCCAGCUAUUGGUGGACCUGGCCGAGGGCUGCAAUACACAUCACUUCGACAGCUUGCUCAAUAUCAUCGAAAAGGUGUCUGCACGUUCGCUUUCAGUUCCUGUUGAGCCAGAGGAGACAGACUUGCUAGCAUAUUCUGCUUCUUCAGAGGAUGUGAAAACAGCCGUGCUAGGCCUCCUGAUAAUUCUGCAGACGAAGCUCUACAGCUUGCCUGCCAGCCAUGCCACUCGGGUGUAUGAGAUGCUUAUUAAUCACAUCCAGCUCCACUAUAAGAACACUUAUCGCCUCCCGGUUGCUAGCAGCAUCAGAUUGCAGGCAUUUGACUUUCUUCUGAUGCUUCGAGCGGACUCCCUCCACCGCCUUGGCCUGACCAACAAGGACGGAGUUGUCAGAUUUAGCCCCUACUGCCUUUGUGACUUGGUAGAACCAGAGAAGAGGGUGUCGGAGAAAAAGCCUGCUGGGACCCUCUCUCCUCCAUCAGGGAGUCCCAGCGUUUCCUCCCAGAAUGGCUCUAUUCGGAUGGGCUACCUGCCCUACUCACUGCUCUUCAAAGUCCUUCUGCAGUGUUUGAAGCAAGAGACCGAGUGGAAGGUGUUGAAACUGGUUCUCAACAAGUUACCGGAGUCUCUCCGCUACAAAGUGCUGUUUCUAACCUCUCCUUGCAACCUUGAUCAGUUGUCUUCUGCACUGUGCUCCAUGCUUACAGACAAAAAGACAACGGAGAGGCUCCAUGGUACGCCAGAUGGCUUCUCCCGCAAUGACUUGCACCUGGCUGUCGUUCCAGUGUUGACGGCGUUGAUAUCCUACCAUAAUUACCUGGACAAAACCAAACAGCGUGAAAUGGUUUAUUGCUUGGAACAUGGCUUAAUUUAUCGCUGUGCCAACCAGUGCGUUGUGGCUUUAUCAGUAUGCAGCAUUGAGAUGCCAGACAUCAUCAUAAAAGCCCUGCCAAUCUUGAUUGUCAAAUUAACCCACAUUUCUGCGACGGCAAACAUGGCCAUACCUCUCUUAGAAUUCCUUUCAACUCUCGCCAGACUGCCUCACCUCUAUCGGAAUUUUGCAGCGGAGCAAUAUGCGAGCGUGUUUGCCAUCUCUCUGCCCUACACAAAUCCCUCCAAGUUUAACCAGUACAUCGUGUGCCUAGCACACCAUGUGAUUGCUAUGUGGUUCAUCCGAUGUCGCCUUCCCUUCCGGAAAGACUUUGUUCCCUACAUUACCAAGGGCUUGCGGUCAAAUGUCCUCCUUUCAUUUGAUGACACCCCUGAGAAAGACAGUUUCAGGGCCCGCAGUACAAGUCUGAAUGAGAGGCCGAAAAGUUUAAGAAUAGCCAGAAAUGCAAAGCAAGGCUUGAAUCACUCUCCUCCAGUGAAAGAGCUGAAAGAAACCUCUGCGAGUGUGUCGGAACAUGUGGUCCGCAGCAGGAUACAGACGUCCAUCACUAGCUCUAGUCUGGGCUCUGCUGAUGAGAAUUCGAUGGCUCAGGCUGAUGACAGCUUAAAAACCCUCCACUUGGAACUCACGGAGACCUGUCUGGAUAUGAUGGCCCGCUACGUCUUUUCCAAUUUCACAGCGGUGCCCAAGAGGUCUCCUGUAGGAGAGUUCCUCUUGGCUGGAGGAAGGACGAAGACCUGGCUGGUUGGUAACAAGCUGGUGACUAUCACGACGAGUGUUGGAGCCGGGACGAGGUCGCUGUUGGGCCUUGACUCAGGGGAUCUCCCGAGCAACACAGAGUCCAGUUCAGACCCUGUUUCGCAAGUGAGACAAACGAAAGAAGCUCCAGCAAAACUGGAAUCUCAAGCUGGCCAGCAGGUCUGCAGAGGGUCUCGCAACAGAGUCAGGUCAAUGUCUGGUGGCCAUGCCUUACGGGUUGGUGCUUUAGACAGCUCCGCCCCCCAAGGCUUACAGAGUCCUGCUUCUGCUUCUGCACCUCGGGCAGAGAAAGCCGCAUCCGGGGCCCACGCUCCUCUACAGAAAGAGAAAACAAACCUGGCUGCUUGUGUCCCAUUGCUCACACAGGGCUGGGCAGAAAUAUUAGUCCGGAGACCUACAGGAAACACAAGCUGGCUAAUGAGCCUGGAAAACCCGCUCAGCCCCUUCUCAUCGGAUAUAAACAACAUGCCGCUGCAGGAGCUAUCCAACGCGCUCAUGGCUGCUGAGCGCUUUAAGGAGCACAGAGAGACGGCUUUGUACAAGUCUCUCUCUGUCCCUUCCUCCAGCUUGGCCACCGGGACGUCCAAACCAUCUCUUCUUCAGCGUUCCAAUACAGAAUCAGCAGUAGUUCUGGAAGAGGGGAGCCCACAGGAAGCGGAUUUAAGAGAAACCGAUUCCCUGGCGUCUCAGGAGUUUGAAGACUUCAAGGCGGUGUGCUCUGAGCAAGGCAUGAGCGAGGAGAAGUUCAUGAAAGCCCACCAGGCUUACAGCCGGUCCUCGUCAACGUCUAGUCAAGAAGAGAAAUCUCUGAAGUCGGACGAACUGGCGGCUGGCGGAAUUCCCAUUGGCAGGGUUGUUCCUUCGGAGGAUGGCAGGACUCUGGAAGAGCUCUCCUUUCAGCCUUCCCAGCCGCUCAGCAAGUCCAGCUCUUCCCCUGAGCUUCAGACUCUGCAGGAAGUCCUCAAGGACCCCAACAGUAAAGAAGCAACCGGAAGGCUGAGCACGGAACUGAAAUCAAAAUCUCAGUCUGGGAACCUGGAAGGAGAAGGAGCCGCUAGCUGGCUGAGCCAAGGGGAUGACACUAGACUCAGUGGUACAUCCAGGCUGGAUUGCAACGUCCUUUCUUCCUCACCCCGUUCACCCAGUGGCCACCGUCCUCGAGGAUACACCAUCUCGGAUUCAGCCCCUUCUCGGAGGGGCAAAAGGAUCGAGAAAGAUGCCCUCAAGAGCAGGACAGCAGCCUCCAAUGCUGAGAAAGUACCUGGAAUAAACCCAAGCUUUGUGUUUUUACAGCUAUACCACUCCCCCUUCUUUGGAGAUGAAUCCAACAAGCCCCUUCUGUUGCCAAAUGAGACAUUUGAAAGCUCGGUGCAGCUCCUAGAUCAGAUUCCUUCCUACGAUACCCACAAGAUUGCCGUGCUCUAUGUCGGAGAAGGGCAGAGCCACAAUGAGAUUGCCAUUCUGUCCAAUGAACACGGCUCCUACAGAUACACCGAGUUCCUGACUGGCUUAGGGAAGCUCAUUGAACUCAAAGACUGUCAGCCUGAUAAAAUUUACCUUGGUGGUCUGGACGUGUGUGGGGAGGAUGGUCAGUUUACCUACUGCUGGCACGAUGACAUUAUGCAAGCCAUUUUUCACAUUGCGACGUUGAUGCCUACAAAGGAUUUGGAUAAAUAUCGCUGUGACAAGAAGAGGCACCUUGGGAACGACUUUGUUUCCAUCGUUUAUAACGAUUCUGGGGAAGACUUCCGGUUGGGAACCAUCAAGGGCCAUUUCAACUUUGUGCAUGUGAUCAUCACCCCGCUGGACUACGACUGUAACCUGGUGACGUUACAGUGUCGGAGAGACAUGGAAGGGCUGGUGGACACGAGUGUCGCGAAGAUUGUCUCGGAUAAGAACCUGCCGUUUGUCGCCCGCCAGAUGGCCCUGCAUGCCAAUAUGGCCUCCCAGGUUCACCAUAGCAGAUCCAACCCAACAGAUACAUACCCAUCAAAAUGGAUCGCUAGGCUUCGUCAUAUCAAGAGGCUCAGACACCGGAUACGUGAGGAAACCCACCAGACCCCUGGUUUCCCCCUGAUGCAGAUGCACCCUUCUGCUGCUCCCAAGCCCCCUCCCCAGGUUCCUCAGGACUCGGCACCCACCUAUGAAACUGGGCAGAGGAAGAGGCUGAUCUCCUCGGUGGACGAUUUCACAGAAUUUGUGUAAAUCCCCCAUGGUCAGCGUCCGUGCUCUGGCAGCAGGGUGGAGGGAGCGACCGCUUAUGAGCCUGCCCAGUAAUUCAGCGCUGCCAGGGGGAGGCGGCUGGAACGUGGCAAGGACAGUGUGUCUGUGUUAUCCUAGUGUGAGCUAGUUCUUGGUCUGCCAUGUUGCCCUGGGAGACCUCAUCGCCUGGGCUGUGAGUCGCCCACCCUCCCGAUGGAAGGGUUUGCUCCCCUAGCUAAUGCCCCCAGAGUGCAGCGUGCCUACACCUCUGCCUCUGCUUGGCUAGACACGUUCCGUGACGUUUAACGGCAUCCUCUCCGUUAGUAGCUUCCUUGCGAAAUGGAAGCGUCUCUGGACGCAGGCGCAGUGGCGGCAGCAGGCAGGGCAAUCGCUAGGCGGGGCGUGUGACCCAAUGAAAGCUGCAUGGACACGUGAGUGUCUCCAUUUCCUCUCUGCGGCUGGAAAAGCUCUGUUAGCGUUGCUGAGAGCUGCAUGCCCUUUCAAGCUAGUCCUUAACACCAGCGCACAGUGCCCCCUCGCUUCACAAGGUGUCUGUCGACUGCCUCCUUGAGGCGAUCCCCGUGUCCCCCUGCCAGUACAAUUGCUCUUGCGCACCGUAGCUGUAUUACAUAGGGAGGUGCUUGCUGGUCAGUGGAGGGGCAGAGCGGUGUAGAAAUCAGCCGCUGUCAUGACGACUCCUUUAAACCCAAGACAGUUUGGGCCAGUUUAAGGAAUUCUCAGCAAAGGCUUUAGCUUGAGGGCCAGCCUUGCUCCUGGGGCAGUCAACUGCAAAGCUUUCGUUGACUCCGGCGCCCGAGGAUGGUCCCUGAGAAUGGGGCAAGGAUCCUGGGAAGUAACUGGAUCCGGUUGGGGGUGUUCACGUACUCUGCGCAAAGGCACCCUUCAGAGGGGUGACUGGGCCCAAGUACCCAGAGCAUGGCCAGGGUAAGCUGGUCGUUCUCCUGCUCCCGUGCGGCCUUGCCAGAGGUAAGUCCCAAAUUUCCCCUUCCCUUUUAAAUGCCCGUUGGCUUUGGUUGGUGGCGACAUGCCCGUCUAGGACUGGUCACGUGGUGCUGGUCCCGCAUUUGGAAGCCAGCAGUUUGGCUUGUUCGCAAGGGGCCCUUUUGAAGGCAGGUGUGCGCCAGGCCUGUCAGAAGUAGCUGACUGGACACUACGCUGCCGUACUGGGAGAAGCUGUGUAAGCUGGAACGUACUGUGAUGACUUUGGGUGCUCGUCACCCCUCAGUGACUGUGGUCCUGAUCCAAGUGAGUGUUGGGAUGCUCAGCUCAGUGACUGGGUAGCUGGUGAGUAAUGUGA